CAGCUGGCAUCCACCAGACAAGACUUGAUCAACUCAACGUUAAAAGGAGACUGUCAUAAUCCUUGAUCCUCCAUCCAUGCCCUUGCUCUCUAUCGAAUUUUCAAGAUAAAAGGCAAAGAGAUUAUCCUUUCCAGAAGGGGAUCAUUUGGUCUUUGUGCAUGGUAUUGUACCCCAUAAAAUGAUUGCUAUGUGACAAAUUACUAAGCUUCUUGAAAACAGCCAUAACUUUCAGCUCCAACAUAACUUGCCUUUCAUUUUUUACCAGUUAUUUUCUUUGUUUCUCUCUUUGGAUUAUGCUAAGUUCUUGCAAAGCCUGUUGGAUCUCUCUGUACAAGAGAGCGAAACUGUUUCUUCAUGUCAAACGAUGCAAGAGAAGAAACCUUCGCAGGUUGUCGUCAAGUUUUGAUUUGACAACAUCGUCAUUUGGGGCCAUGGAACUGUCUGGUCAGUUUAGACAAGUAUUCAAAGUCAUCGACGCAAAUGGGGAUGGGAAGAUAUCUUCCUUAGAGCUCCGUGAAGUGCUUUUGUGCCUUGGACAUGAAAAGUCUACAGCCUUCAAAGCAGCUGAAGGAAUGAUCAGAGAAAUGGAUUUCAAUGGAGAUGGUUUCAUCGACCUGGAUGAGUUUAUGCAUGCAGUUAACACGGAAGGAGCAAUCUGUAGCAAUAGCGAGGAAGAUUACCUCAUGGAUGCUUUUCACAUCUUUGAUACUGACAAGAACGGGUUAAUCUCUGCCAAAGAGUUGAGUAAGGUUCUGAUUAGCCUUGGAUUCAGAAAGUGUAGCCUUCAAGAGUGCAAACGCAUGAUCAGAGGUGUUGAUAAGGAUGGAGAUGGGUUUGUGGACUUCAAAGAAUUUCGAUCAAUGAUGGCCGCAGGUACAACUUGAAGCUGGAGAAAAGUCAAUAAAGCUUAAUCAUGAAUAUUCUCCAGGUACCCAUAAUUCUUUUUCUUUAAUGUUCUGUCUAGAACUACAACCUUAUCAUUCGAAGCUUGGUCUAAAUGUAAUGAGUUGAAAGUACAGCUCUGUAAUUUAGCUUUAGUCCCUGAUAGAGCUUUCUAUAACACCAUAGCCAUAUGAUUAAAGCAGAAUUGAAGCAGAUUGUGUGAGCAAUGGGGCAGAAUUUAAACUGAAGUAGACCCUUAAGUUCCAAGUUUGUAAGAAGUUUUUUUGGAUUGUUCCUUCUACCGGUAUCAAUGCUGGUCCCUGUCUUCCGUCCUUUCUGUCAUCCUCACAUCCACAUCGACGCCCACACUGCUCACAAGAAGCCUAAGACAAGUUUUUGGGUAUGGGUCCUCCAUCCUUUGUCUCGUCCAUACAUAGCCUCUUCGGAAGUUUUGUCAUUGGGUUAAUUUUCAAAGCUACAUUGCACAGUAGCAAUGCCACCAGAAACAGCAGCUUUUGUGACAACCCCAAGAAUUCUUGACACUAUCAUUGGCAAAAAUACAAAGACAUGAGUUUGAAAUGUUCACGUUUUCUAUCUCCAUUUGUUAAUAUAUGAUUGGUUUUCUCAUCA